UUUGGUUUGGACACGGUAACAGUGUUCUCUCACCAAAGAGGUCGCAUUCUGGAGUCGCCAGUUUUCAACUCACAACAACCUUCUUUUUAAACGAUGGAUUGAUCCAUUUGAGAUGCAUUCACUCUCACUCACGCGCCUUCGCUGUGUUUCCUUGUUUUCUUUCUCUCGUUCCGUGGGAACCGCUUCCUUGUCUCCUUCUUCAAUUUCUCCCUUUCUUGCAAUUUCAGUCUUAUAAUAACAAUGACUCUGUAUUAUUCCUAACCUAAAUUAAACCUAGUCUUCUGUUCUGUUCCGUUGCAUUUCACUGUUCUCCAAAAACAACCAUGCCGUUUCCCUGGAAGAAGAACCGCGUCCCUCGAAUCUCCCAAAUCGUCGCGGAUCUCCAAUCGCCAAAACGAGGCGGCUCCCUCGUCGUCGAGACCGGCUUCCCCACCUCCCUCAUCGACCUCUUCGUAAAAAACCGAAGCCGUUUUAGAAAACACCGCACAAAAAAACCGCCACCGCCCGAAGUCCCCGAUCCGCCGCCGCCGCCUCCCUCUCCGGCCAACUCUCCGCCGCCGCCGCCGUCGCAACCCGAUCCUCGUCUCCCGAACCCUCGGACUGAACAGAACGUCGUCGCUUCGGUUUCGGAUCAGGUCGGGGAGUGCUCUUUGAACGUUAUUUUAGUUGUGAAGAUUCUGAUGGUGCUGAUUGUGGUCGCGAGCGUGAAGAGGCUCACCGUGGGAAUCACCGUGUCGACGUUCGCGCUUCUGCUUCUAGAAUACGCGGGGCGGCGCGUGGUUUCGGGUUCCGUUGUGGAAUCGUGGUUCCGGAAGGUUCGGGUUCUGAAGAAGGAGCGUGUUCGGGGGAGUGGAUUAACUGACUUGAGUCAAUUGACCUUUUCCGAGAGUUUUUUAAUUGAUGAAAUUGAGGUUGUGAGUGAUGUGGGGAUUUGUUGUCAAAUGCGUUCUGUCAGUGGUGACGUGGCAUCAGAAAUAGUUGAGGAUUGUUCUUCAGAUGUUCUUGAAGUUUCUGAAUACAAGAUUAAAGGGAGUAGAAGUGGUAGGUUUGGGUCGAGGAUGGUGAAGAAGCUUGUGCCUAAGAAGUUUCGUGCCCCCAGGAAAGAAAAAAAGGAUAAGGGGAAUAAGGAAAUUGAGUAUGAAUCGGGUAGUGAAGUUUCCAGCGCCGUGGAAGAUGAUAAGUUACCCAUGUUAGAAAUUGAAGAGGAAGAUAAGAGCGAGAAUACUGAACAAGCUGAGGUUGAUUGUGGCAUCACUUGUUCCUAUAAUGGAAAGAGAGUGGCCAGAGUUGGGAAUUCAGGUUCUUCCACGGUUAUGGUUCUAGUUAUGAUUGUCCUUGUUGGACUUCUUCUGGGUCGUUUCCCAGCUUUGAUGCUUUCAAUUUCAUGGUGUUGCACGAUGAAAAUAGUUAGAACAUUACGGAGAUCACUCAGAGUGUCUCUGAAGAAGUGCUCUGUUUCAAACUCUUGAUGGGGAUGUUGGGGAAACAAGUUUUUUAUUUAUUUUUCCCACUUUAUUUCUAGAUGAUACUUAGAUGGUAAAGAUUCAUGGUAGUUUAAAACACUGAGGAGAGAGAUCAUUCCCGGGAAAGGAACUCCAACCAUUUGUUGGGAAUCCAACUUCAUGCGUUGAACUCUGAAAUGUAAAUGUAUAGAUAGAUACUAAUCAAACAAGUUACAUUCUUUUCCUUUGUC